AUGGCUGUUUCUCGGACUAGCUUUGCCUUGAUUAGUGCAAUUUUAAUUAUCCUUUCAACAAACCCAUCGGUUGGUCGAUUCAAUUGUCUUAACCAGGAAUCCCAAGCUCUUCUUUCCUUCAAAGCAGCGUUGAAUGUCUCUGAUGGCAUUCUCAGUUCAUGGGUUAACGGAAGUGAUUGUUGCUCCAAGUGGGAUGGCAUUUCAUGCAAUAAUCUCACUUAUCAUGUAGAGCGGGUGAAUUUGAGUGCUUACACCAAUCAUGCAGAGCAGGGCGUGCAGAGUGGAGUCAUAUCUGGUAGUUUGUGCAACCUUCCUUUUCUCAAAUACCUCAUCCUACCGAACAUUGGUCUAACUGGUACUAUUCCUUCCUGUUUAGGAAAUCUCUCUCAGCUUCGUUAUCUGGAUUUGGAAAACAAUAGUUUCAGUGGAAUUGUUCCUCCUGUCAUUUGUCAGCUUAGUAAUCUGACUUAUAUAGAAAUAGCCUAUAACAAACUCAGUGGAAUAUUGCCACCUUGUCUACAAAAUCUCUCCUUGCUUAAGUUCAUGAGCAUUUCCUUCAACCAAUUCAAUGAGAGACUUCAGAUUGCUGGUUUUUCGUCCCUUGAGCAGCUGUAUGCUCGUCAUUUUUCCUUCCGUGAGCACAUUACUUCUUCAGAGUUGGCAUUGCCGUCGUCUGUAAAGAUUCUCUGGCUCUCCCAUAUUACAAUUUCAGACACUCUGUUUGAUGACCUUGUAGAAUUGACAUUUAUGUUUCUGUCGUAUUGUGUACUGAAUAUUAGUACAAGUUGGAUUCCCCAGUUCCAGUUAGGAGCCCUAGAAAUUACCUCAUGCAGUAUUGGUGGUCAAAUUCCCGAGUGGCUAUUAACUCAAUACUCAUUAGAGAGAUUGAGAUUGACUGACGACAAUAUUGUUGGAGAAAUGCCCUCCUGGUUAUGGGAGAACAAUGCUCAGUUGUAUGUGUUAAACCUUUCAGGAAAUCAUUUACAUGGAAGUCUUAUUAUCCCAAACAGAUCAGUUGAAUGGAUGACAGUAUUAGAUGUGUCCCGAAAUGCAUUGACUGGACACGUGCCAUCAGUGUGGCCUCAAUAUCUACAGCUCUUAGAUGUGUCGCAAAAUGCUCUAGUUGGCAAUAUUCCUCCAGCCUUGUGCUAUUUAACUCACAUUGUAAAGUUAGAUCUGUCAGACAACAAGUUGAAUGGAUACAUUCCUCCAUGUUUUGCCAGCUAUAAGGAAAUUCGAGUACUAAAUCUAGGAGACAAUAGCUUGGAGGGAAGUAUACCCCAUGGACUAUGCCCGUCCUCUUUAAGUCUACGAAAUAAUAAGUUAACUGGAACUAUUUCUGCAUUAGUCGCCAAUUGUAAGUCCAUGAAACUACUAGAUAUUGGGCAUAACAAAUUUAGCGGUGAUAUUCCUUGGUCAGUUGGAAAUUUAUCAUCGCUUCAAGUGUUGAUGAUGAAGGGUAAUCGUUUCAGUGGCAGCAUUCCUUUAGAACUUUUCCAGCUGAAGCAACUCCAGAUCUUAGACCUUUCGUCUAACAAUAUAUCAGGUUUUAUUCCUAAUAACAUUGCAUCUUUGCAUGCAAUGAGUGUAGCAAGAGAAGACGGUCAUAUGUUUUUUGAUCUGUUAAAUCCUUAUCAUUUUUUUGUAAGACACAGCGGAAUUAGGUCAUAUUCUGAGCUUGGCCCUUUUGAGAAAUGGGUAUUUGAAGUCCCGUCUCAUGAUGAAUUGAACAUCACUGUGAAAGGCUUAGAGCUGCAUUAUCCAUAUAUUCUGUCCACACUCACAGUCAUCGAUCUCUCCAAUAAUCAAUUGAAUGGACACGUUCCUUUUGAGUUUGGCAAGCUGAAGGGAUUAAGGUUUCUUAAUCUAUCAAGGAACAACCUCAGAGGAAUUAUUCCUCCGAGUUUAGGGGAAAUGGAUCAACUAGAGUCAUUGGACCUUUCUACAAACAGAUUUUCUGGAAGUAUUCCUGCAGAAUUUCAAUCUCUGACAUUAUUGGCAUAUUUAAAUUUGUCAAACAAUAACCUCUCAGGUAGCAUACCGCAAGGAGGACAAAUGACGACAUUUGAAAAUACAUCAUAUUCUGAAAAUCCAUAUUUGAACGGAUGUCCACUUCCAACGAAAUGUUCCUGGCCAAAAUUUGCUCCACCACAUCCGUCAACAAGUAAUAUUCAAGAUGGAAAGGAAGAUAAUAGGAAGCAAAUACCAUGGUAUACGAUUGGACUAGGAUUGUCACAUGCAGCAGGUUUUUCCUGUGUGAUGUUAUUGCUUGCAGUAAGGGACAAAUGGAGGAAGAAAUACUUCAAGUGGGUAGAUAAGAAUUUGAAGAAGCUGUUUCCUUCCAUCCGUAAUAAGAGAUUAUGA